CAUUCCAAAAGUUGGAAGCCUCCCUCCGUUCUAGAGGGAGAUAUUUCUUCCUUCCUCUCGCUCUGCCUGGCAACUGAAGGAAAGCCUGGUCUCUAGGCAGGCUACGUGUUAUUUUUAGUCACCCUUAAACUGCUCCUUCGCCCCUUCUCCCUAUGACACCGUGCCCAUGAAGGAGGAGAUCGGGAUCUUGGAAACGUCGCAACAGUCCAGCCAGCUCAGCAUCUUCCCGAGACCGGCGGCCGUGCCUGCAAGUGCACAGCUCGCGCCAAGCUCCGCAUUCCGGCGGCUCCCGCAGCGCCGGCCUUGAGCCGCGCGCCUUCUCGCCUUCCGUUCUUGGGAGAACAGGCGGCGGGUGCCUCGGGUUUCUCAGGAGACCGCUGCCGGCCUCUGCUGACGGGCCCCGUCGUCCUGCAACGCCCCCCAGGACCGCCGCGAUGGGAACCUGGGCCCUGGCCGGGAUGGCGCUUUGCAGCAUGGCUGUCGUUGCGCCCCUAGUCUCAGCUGAUGAAGACUGCAAGUGGUACAUGGACAGGAAUGGCUCAUGGCACCCUGGCUUCAGCUGCCCCUUCCUAUCCUUCUGCUGUGGUAAUUGUUACCAUCGCUUCUGCUGCUAUGACCCCAACAAACUUAUCACUGAACGGCAGCAAAAACACUGCAUGGCAUUCAGCCCCAAAGCAAUUGCUGGUAUCGCUUCAGCUGUGAUACUUUUUGUGGCCAUUGUUGCCACCAUUGUCUGCUGCUUCUUGUGUUCCUGCUGCUACUUGUACCAACGCCGGCAUCAUAGUCAGACACCUUAUCAAGAUCACGAGAUCCCCCUGUCUGGAUACCCUGCUCAGGCUCCAGGACCUUACCCGAUGGAUCCCAAAGCAGGGCCUGCACAAUUUCAGCCUUAUGCCCCUGUGGCUCCUUAUCCCCCUGAAGGUCCAACUGUGCAGUACCCUUUAUACCCACCUGGGCCACCUUACUACCAUCCUACAGCUCCCCCACCCUACCUUCCACCACAGCCUUCACAGCCUUAUACCUGAAGAACAACUUAAUGGAAUGCGUUUAACAGAAGCCUUUUGCCCUGGGCCUGCCAGAUCUGUCGCCACCACAGAGCUUGUGUGAGUUUCCUGCCACACUCGAACUUCCGUAUUGCCCUCUGUCAUUUUCCUUACUUAGUUGUCUUUUGCACUGCAUGAUGUGAAGCAUUUUUUUACUUUCCUCCUGUGCCCCCUUUCCUGAUCAUUGUCCUUCUCAUCAUCUGCCAUCUGAACUCAGAAAAGGCCUGGUGUAAACACUGGUAAACUGGUUGUUGUGGGUUUUCCGGGCUGUGUGGCUGUGGUCUGGUAGAUCUUGUUCCUAACGUUUCACCUGCAUCUGUGGCGGGCAUCUUCAAAGCCUUCAACAAUACACAGCUGGUAAACAUAUUGCACAUAUUCUGUGCAUUGGGAGACAAGCUCAAGGCCUGUGGAUGUCACAGGAGAGCAAAGUCACCCUGGGACUUUGAUCCACUGGAUUCCCUGAUAAGCCUCCAGGAUCAGUUUUUUGUCUUAAGGAAGCUCUCAGAGCAAUCCUAAGAACAUUUUCCUGGAAGUAAGUCCCAUUGACUGGUAUUGAGUAAGCUUUUAUGUAGGUCUGCUUAGGAUUACUUCGUCACUUUGGAAAGAUCAGUGUCAGGGACUUAAAUGCACAAAAUCUCUGGGGCAUAUGAUGCAAUUAUACAUUAUUAAACCAAUUAGUUGCCAUCCUAGACAGUCCCCAGAAAGAAGGUAGCUGUGGAGCCCAUGUAUGUUAUUCUGAACUUCCCAAAGAAAAUUAUGUGCAAUACGUUGAAAAGAACUUAAGAGCUGCUUGUGACAGCCUCCUUCAAGAAACGGGAUGAGUGUCAGAGGAGAGCAUGCAGGCUUCUUAGCACUGGCGGGAAGAAUUGAUUAUAGAAGCGGAGGAGUAGGCUCCCCUUUUGCGCCCAUAAGCCAGAAGUCAAAUUUGUCAAGAGUAUUGCAUGGGCACAAAAAUAAGGAUGACAAACAAGGAUGUUGCUCUGGAUUGGGCAUUAUUAAUUUUCUUUGACUUUUCCCAGGAAAUACUGAAAAGUGCCUUUGAUCCUCUCUCAUGUUGUCUGUGCAAUAUGUGAAUAUUGUUAACAAGGAGCCCAUCCUAAAUCAAAUAUAUAUUCUGCCAACAUAAGUUUCACAUUCAUAUUAGAAACAAAUUGAACAAAGGGUCAUGUACAAAAACCUCCGCCGAACCAUGAUUACAAACACUGUUUCAUAGAAUGGGUUGAAACGUGGCUACUUAGAAAGAACAAAGGCUGAUUUUUCACAAUAAAAAUGCCCCGCUGUUGGCACGGAGAAUAGUCGGGGCAGCCAGGAGUUCUUCACAGCUUCCAGUGCUGCAGCAUGUCUGCCACGUUAUUGCCCCGGUGCUUCCCUGUGGCACUGGCUUUGCUCCACGAAUUUCCGGAACCGCAAAGGUUGAGGUUCUUUUGAAAUGCCCCUUUGUUGCUCUGGUGGCUUCUACUGCCGUGCAAAAGUCUUUGGCAGGUGAACUGGGGCCAUUUUUCCCGCCUCGCCACUCUGGCCCGCCCCAUCAAUGGACAGGUGCUGAGAAUCGGCACCCCCCCCCCCCGCUAUGAAAAAAAACUGAGGGAGAAACCUUAAUUUUUAGACAGAAAAGCGGUAUGUGCAGGCACCGUGAAUGGGAGGAUGGUGAUUCUCUUGUACACACAAGGAUUUUAGAUUUAGAUUUUAGACAGAGGGUGUGUGUAGGACAGUGAUUCCCUCGAACAUGCAAGGAUUUUGUAUGGGGAGAGGGCGAGUGUGCCGAUUCUCAGCUCCUGUUUUGUGUUCAGAGUCAUUUAAAACUAAAAUAGUGUGGGGGGGGGAAGGGGGGAGAUUCAGCCAAUCAGAACACGGGAAACAGAGGUUGUCCGCACAUGCAUGGAAGACAGUGCAGAAAAGCUCAUGGUGCAAAUGGAGAAGCAUCGGGCUCAUGAAGAAACAGUUGGGGCAUAACGGGCCGGCCCUGCCUCAAAUCCCAGGAAGAACUGGGGAGCAGUGAAGGGUCAAAAGCUGGGCAAAAAAUGCUGCAGCAGGCACACUCCUGGAUCUACUAUGGGGCAUUUUGGCCGUGAAAAAUUAGCCAAAGAACUCAUCAAAGUCUGUAGGAGAUGUAUUGUUGUGACUUAAGGGACACCCAGCAUUCAUUAUUGACACAUGCUGAUUCACUCUAAAGCAGUUUUUUCACUCGCAUACCCUUUGGCAACCAAUUUCCCUAAAAUUAUACCCCCAUAUUAGCAAACCCAUCACAUAAUUUUUUUCACGUACCUCCAAACACUCUGGCAUAUACCCCUGGGUAUGGACCUCAGGUUGUAAACCACUGCUCUAAAGUAUUGGAUCUGUUUAUUCAAUGGUAUUACACUGGGGCUGAAUAAAGAAACUGGGCCACAACUUGUACCGCUGAGAGAGAAAAAAAGUCCCAUUGGUUCACUAUAUGUGUCAAAUAUGGUUCUUGGAAGGAGAACAAGAGCUCAUCAUAGGCCAAAUGGGACAUAUGGGGAAACAUCCACCAUUAGUGGUGAUGACUUGAGUCCAAACCUUGUUUUCCACCAGUACAGGGGGAGGAUUUUUCCUUAUUUUCUCUCCCCCUGCAGAGCCAGGCAUUGCAUCCUGCAUUGUUCCUGGGGUCUCCCAGCCCUGAUAAUGGCACUGCAAGGGGGGGGGGGGAGGUUUGCAGUAGAAUUGGGGAGACAAGAAAGUUUCAUUUCUCUUGCUUAUCUCUACUCUGCUUUGAAUCCCAAAUCCCUGCCAAGAGAUUGAAGGAAGAGGCCUGUCUGGUGUCGUGUAUCAAAAUGCCCAGAUCCUAUUAUAAGAGCUUUCCUGCAUAUAAAUGUGGAUUUCAUAACAUUCAAAUGCUUGCCCACAAGCCCAGACUCACAUCUAUGGAGUAAGGAAGAAUAGUGCAGUUGGAGCCUGAUGGUGUAUCUUCCCCAAACCCCCUUUCCUUCAGUUUGUCCAGUGAUCCUUAAAAGGUAGCUUCCAUCUCUUUGUACUAUACCCAUAUUUCUUCCUGAGCUUUGCCUGUAUUCUUGCUAUGUGAUUCUUGUCUGACCACCUCAUGAAUCUGCUACUACAGGCUUAAAGAUAUUUUAUACGUUCAGAGUAAUCUGUGGAUUUGCUCAUUUUCAUGUGUUCAGGGUAUUUAUGUAAAAAAUGCCACCUCUGUAUUUAAGCCGGGGUUAUAAUAUCUCCAGAUCGUCUCCAAUGGGGCACUUCUCAGGAAUGUAAUUUGGAUUAAAUCCAAGUGGUUUUAAGACUAUGCAUUCUCUACCUACUAGAGUUUCUGCUGAAGCAGUGAGAAAUUAUAUCCCAUGGUUCUUUUGCCUUUAAGAUUGUACAGGCCUCUGUAAUCAUAAGGGGGAAUAAAAGAGAAGGCAUGAAUUGAGAAAAGGGUUACAAUAUAUUUUAAUAAACAAGUAAAAAUAGCUGCUUCCACAUGGGGAUUAUUCCCUGCAAGGGCAGUGAGAAGACCCUGUAGUAAAGAAGACCAUCCAGAUGUCACAGUGCUCAAUUAAUGCAUGAUUCAUCUGGCUCCUGUUUUUUCAUCCUUGGUUCUGGAGAAAAUGUAAGCCUAAUUUUAUCUAAGUUACAGGGCAAACUUUUAGAGUGGCUGAAGCUGGUGUGUCCAUGGGGAUGCUCCCCCAAAACUCUUCAAUGGGGCUUUUUAAAUUUAGCACCCCAUGCUUCAACCAUACAGUCUGGCUAGGAAAAAGUCCUUUAAAGGGGAAGGUUAUUUGUUUGAGGAGGGCCAGUUCAUGGGCAACAAUGAGGAGUGAGCGGCAGCAGAGGUGGGCAUGUGGACAUUGUUCCUGCCCAUCACCUGUAUGCCUUGCUGCUGCUGCCAUGGCAGGGAUGUCUUUUCAUGUGCCAUCUGGGAGCAGCUGAUGACUGACAGAAGGAAAGACCUAGAUUCAAGUCCACUAGCAUCAUAGAGAGCAACAAGAUUUUGGGAUACAAUCCUCAGGGAAAGAAGAGAGUGCAAAAAUACACUUGAACUUCAAAAACAAUCAAGCGGAAGUAUUACAUGCGAGACACUAACCUCCCUGCAAGGUGAAAAUGUAAAGCCCUCUCAAAUUUUUACAGUGUCUCAUCUGUGUAGGUUUGAGGGUGUAAGGCUCAGCAUAUUGUACCUCAUGUGUGCAAGUAUGGUAGCCUUUGGAUUGGAUCGCAUGAUGAACUGAUUCUGUUUAAAUUCCCUGAAGCGGAGUAAAGAAACAGAAUAAAGGCACUGGGAGAAAGGCAUAAUGCAACAGAGGCACAAGGCACCAUCCAAGGUACAAAGGCUGCCAUUGUGCAAAAGCAGUGAAACUCUUUCCGUCUCCUUUACAAGACAAUAUCCAAACUGUGUGAUACUUCCCCGUGAGCUCAGAGCUUGUAGCAGUUUAGCAAAUCAGUGGAGCCAUUGUGGAACAGAGCAAUGCACUCUGUAUAUUUCCCUUUGUUGUGGGCCCUUCUUGCGAACUGAGCAUGCCAUUGCAGACCCGGUCUGUUGAUUUGUUGUGAAACUUGGCUGUUAGAAAAUGCCUCUAUGUCUGCUUCUCUUUCUACACCUCUGAUGUCUGGAUACUGCAGCUAGGCAGGGAACAACACUUUUACAGCAGGAGGGAUUAACAGCUUUAGCUUCUCUCUCUCUCCCCCACCCCACCUCUGCAGCCUAAACCUUGUUCCCACUGUGUGGCGAUGGCCCUGAUCUAUGGUAGCAGUGGAAGCUACCACUGCUAACUCAUGUUGUGAUUGCAAUGACAUGUUUGCAUCAUCAAAUGUUUGCUAAAAUGUGGAUUAAAUUUGUAAAUACAGAUAA